GAUAACGCGAUCCUCCUUCAUCCUUCCGACUUCCCAGCCUCCCGCUUUUAAUCUCGCAUCGUCCCCGCUUCUCCCCUCGACUUCGCAUCAACCCAUUGGUAUUUGGCACAAUGGAGAAACACGAGCACCUCUUACCCGGGGGCUAUCCUCCCUCUUAUACUUCCAAAUCAGAAGUCAAUGUACCCCAUCAAUCGCUGAAGCCGGCUUUCCGAAACAAGAUCUGGACCCUUGUCUUCACCUUGUCUCUGGCGGGCCUCUUCGUCACCGCGACCAAUGCUUUGAACCUGAGGGAGCCUCUCUCCAUUGAAGAAAGAGUAGAGAAGAUUCUAUCGGAAACCCCCUUGAUCGAUGGCCACGACGAUCUUCCGAUCUUCAUCCGAGCGUUCUUCGGAAACCAUAUCUACCAGGAGAACUUCACCGUCCCGUUCACCAAGGGAAAUCUGUCCGGACAUGUUGAUAUCCCGCGGUUGGAGGAGGGCCGCGUCGGCGGCACCUUCUGGAGCGUGUUUGUCGAAUGUCCCAAGAACUGGAGCGAUUUCUCGGACGAGAAUUACGCAUUGAGUGUUCGUCAGACGAUCGAGCAAGUUGACGUGAUGUCGCGCCUUCAGCAGGCCUAUCCGGACACUUUCUCGGAGCCGCCCAACGGCACGACAGCCGCGCAGGCGUUCCGCGAGGGAAAGAUCAUCUCGCCACUGGGCAUUGAGGGAUUGCACUCGAUCGGCAACUCGCUGGCGUAUCUGCGUCAUUUCUACGAUCGGGGUGUGUCCUACGCCACGCUCACUCACAACUGCCACAACCGGUAUGCCGAUGCGGCGCUCGUUGAGCUCCCGGGCGGUGGUAUUAAAGUGGCGGAUCCCUUGUGGAACGGAGUCAGCGAUGCUGGCAAGAAGCUUAUCGCGGAGAUGAACCGCCUGGGUAUGAUUGUCGAUUUGUCCCACGUCAGCGCAAACACGAUGCGCGACGUCCUGGGCGGCAAGGACGUCUGGGCUGGUAGUCAGGCGCCGGUGAUGUUCAGCCAUAGUUCCGCAUACGCCGUCUGUCCGCAUCCCAGGAAUGUGCCGGACGAUGUGCUGGAGCUGGUCAGGGCCCGGGACUCGAUUGUCAUGGUCAACUUCUCGCCGGAUUUCAUCUCCUGCAAGGCUUCGGACAAUCCGAACGGUCUUCCUGAGUUUGAUCCGGAGCAUGCGACCCUGGAACAUGUGGUGGAUCACAUCGUCUACAUCGGUAACCAUAUCGGGUUUGAUUAUGUCGGACUGGGCAGUGAUUUCGACGGCAUCCCCGCUGGGCCUCGUGGUUUAGAGGACGUUUCCAAGUUCCCCGACUUGAUUGCUGAGCUGCUGCGACGCGGCGUCAGCGACGAGGACGCCGCCAAAGUGGCCGGAGGGAAUCUGCUCCGCGUGUGGAAGGAAGUGGACCGAGUUGCGCUGAAGCUGCAGGCGAAGGGCGUUCUUCCGGCCGAGGACGAUGUGAAGAGCAUGCUUUGAUGGACACGGAGUAGUUGCAUAUGUACACCCACGCCAGGCUAGCUCUAUCCAACACCACCUAAUUACUAGGAAUCCAAC